GUGUGUGUGUGUGUUGUGUGUGUGUGUGUGUGUGUGUGUGUGUGUGUGUGUGUGUGUGUGUGUGUGUGUGUGUGUGUGUGUGUGUGUGUCAGAGAGGGAAAGGAGAGGGGGAGAGAGGGAGAAGAGGAAAGGAGGGGUGAUAGGAGGAAGGCAGAGAGAGCGUGAGGAGCAGGGAUAAGUCCAGAUCUCUUGGAGACAAUCAGAAAAUGCUGAACGUUUCCAUUUCCUUACAUGGAUCCGGAUUUUAAAGAAGCUGUAGGGUUACUUGGUGGAUUCUCUUUGUGACUGAUCGGUGGAAAAAGGAUCUGUGCUCCAUCGGCAGCAAAUGAUCUCCCCCCCUCCCUCCUCCCUCCUGUAACCACCAGACACAUCCAGCAGCUAUCUGACUGGAGAGACCCUCUCUCCCUGAGCCUGACACUCGCCACCAGCAAGCAUUAUCCCAUGGAAACACAGCUGACUCGGAGGCAGGAGCUUGAUUCACGUUGUGAGCCCCUUUGAUGCAGCUCCUACGACCCCCUCCCAUCACACAGCGGACUCCCCUUUGCAGCUCAGACACGAGAGACACAGCAAGUUGGACCUGCCCCAGACCCCUUCUUCAUCCAGCAUCAUCUCCCUCCUUGGGUACCACUUAAUCUAUUCAAUGCUACCUGUUCCUAAUUAGGGAUCUGCAGCUGCUGGAAGAGGAUAGAUUUCUGAGUAUUGUUUCCCAUUGUACCGGCAGAAAGGGACUCCUGCACUUUAGCCUUGAUGAUCUGUGUCUGGGUAUCACUCUGUCCUACAGCCCUGGCUCAUCUUCUGGAGGAGAUAUCUGAUUGAGCACAAGAGCACCCAGCAGGAGCAGAGACCAUGCUGCGGCAAAGCAUUGCGGUACUAAUCAGUACUAUCGCAAACCUCAGGCAUUUGCCACUGAUAUCAUAGAUGAAUUGCUCCAGCAGCCUGAGAUCUUUUUAUCACUGCCUGAAGAUGUUUGUGUGGCUUUUCCUGUUCCUCUCCACUCCAAUCUCCUCCACCAACCCGGACUCAGAACUGACCCUGGAGAUCUGCAAUGUCUGCUCUUGCCUGUCAGUAGAAAAUGUGCUGUAUGUCAACUGUGAAAAGGUGGCAGUGUACAGACCAAACCAGCUGAGACCCCCACAGUCUAAUUUCUAUCACUUGAACUUUCAGAACAACCUUUUGAUCAUUCUCUACCCCAACACUUUCCUUAAUUUCACACAUGCCAUGUCCCUGCAGCUGGGCAAUAACAAACUGCAGAAUAUAGAGGGAGGAGCUUUUCAGGGGCUUAGUGCAUUAAAACAGUUGCACUUGAACAACAAUGAAUUGAAGAGCCUAAGGGCUGACACUUUCCUGGGCAUAGAGAACUUGGAAUAUCUCCAGGCUGACUACAAUUUAAUCAAGUAUAUUGAGCGGGGAGCCUUCAAUAAAUUGCACAAGCUGAAAGUUCUCAUUAUAAAUGACAAUUUGAUUUCUUCUCUCCCUGAUAACAUAUUUAGAUUUGCCUCCUUGACUCAUUUGGACAUUAGAGGAAAUAGAAUCCAGAAGAUGCCAUACAUAGGUGUUCUGGAGCAUAUUGGGAGGGUGGUGGAGCUGCAGCUGGAAGAUAAUCCUUGGAAUUGUACAUGUGAUUUGUUGCCUCUGAAAGCUUGGCUGGAGAACAUGCCAUAUAAUAUCUAUAUUGGAGAGGCUAUUUGUGAAACGCCGAGUGAUCUGUAUGGAAGGUUAUUGAAAGAAACUAAUAAGCAAGAAUUAUGUUCUAUGGGGACUGGUAGUGAUUUUGAUGUACGGAUAUUGCCUCCAUCCAUGGAGACAACGUUCACCACACCUGGGGGUCAUACUGCUCAGACAUCACUAAAUCGACUGGCCACUAAGCCACCUAAAACAACCAAUCCUUCUAAAAACUCUGGAAUAGUGUCUGGCAAAUCUGUGACUAAUCACAGCCUAAGCCAAAUAGUAUUUCAAACCAGAGUACCACCUCUUUCACCUUGUCCAUCACCCUGUGUUUGUAAAACACAUCCUUCUGAUUUGGGAUUAAGUGUUAAUUGUCAGGAAAGGACUAUACAGUCAUUGGCUGAGCUGGUACCUAAACCUUUAAAUGCAAAAAAACUGCAUGUCAAUGGGAAUUAUAUCAAACAGGUGGAACAGGCAGACUUUGCUGAGUUUGAAGGUCUGGAUCUGCUUCAUUUAGGGAGUAAUCAAUUAGCCUCUAUUCAAGGAAAUGUGUUCUGCAAUCUUACAAAUUUAAGGAGGCUUUAUCUCAAUGGGAACCAAAUUGAGCGUCUGAGUCCUGAGAUGUUUACUGGUUUGAAUAAUCUGCAGUACCUUUAUCUGGAAUACAAUGUAAUAAAGGAAAUUUUGGGAGGGACCUUUGAAUCCAUGCCAAAUCUUCAACUGCUGUAUUUAAAUAACAACCUCUUGAGAAGCCUGCCAGCUUACAUUUUUUCUGGAGUGCCCCUGGCCAGGCUUAAUAUAAGGAAUAACCAUUUCAUGUAUUUGCCUGUAAGUGGCGUUCUUGACCAGCUCAGAUCUCUAACGCAGAUUGAUCUGCAAGGAAACCCAUGGGACUGCACUUGUGAUUUAGUUGCUCUGAAGCUCUGGCUAGAGAAACUGAGUGAAGGUAUUGUCAUUAAAGAGGUCAAAUGUGAGACACCUGUACAGUUUGCAAACAUUGAGUUGAGAUCACUGAAAAAUGAAAUUCUGUGCCCCAAGCUAAUAAACAAGCUGUCCACACAGUACACUAGUCCCAUUCCUGCAAUCACUUUAACAACUCCCUUGGGUCCUAUAAAAAGCCCACCUGGUGGACCUGUACCUCUGUCUAUUUUAAUACUUAGCAUUUUAGUAGUGCUUAUAUUAACAGUUUUUGUUGCAUUUUGCCUUCUUGUUUUUGUCUUGAGACGUAAUAAAAAACCUGCAGUAAAACAUGAAGGUAUUGGGAGUCAAGAGUGCAGUUCUAUGCAGCUCCAGCUGCGGAAGCAUGACCAGAAAGCCCUUAAGAUGGAUGGGAUAUCUGCAGAGACCUUUUUUCCACAAACCAUUGAACAGAUGAGUAAGAGUCACACAUGUGGUCUUAAGGACUCUGAGGUGGGCUUUUCAUUUGCUGAUCACCAAGGGCAAAAGAUGGUCCUCAGGAACCUGACUGACAAGGAUAAAGAUCUAUUGCAUGGGGAUGCUAGAAAAAGACUUAGCACAAUUGAUGAGCUGGAUGAAUUCUUUCCAGGAAGAGACUCAAAUUUAUUUAUCCAGAAUUUUUUAGAAAGUAAAAAAGAAUACAAUAGCAUAGGAGUAAGUGGCUUUGAGAUACACUAUCCAGAAAAGCUACAAGAUAAAAAGUGCAAGAAAUCUCUAAUAGGAGGAAAUCACAGUAAGAUUGUAGUAGAGCAGAGAAAGAGUGAAUACUUUGAACUCAAAGCCAAACUUCAAGGCACGCCUGAUUACUUACAAGUCCUUGAAGAACAAACUGCACUGAGCAAAAUGUAGGUCAUGCAAAGUAAACUGUACUAGAGACAAUAAUUACAUGAUGAAAAGUGCCUUUGUAGACUUUAAACUUCCAAAUAUUAUCUAUAUAGGCAUAGAUGCAGGUGAUAUCUAGAGUGUCCAGUUGCUUAUGGUUGCAUAUGUUGAAGAAAUUCCUUUGUAGGUUCUCAUUUUUCAGAACAUCUUCUUUCUGGACCUCUCUGAUUGCACCAGACACUAUUGCCAAAGGGAUCAUUGUUAUUAUGACAAACAUAAUUAACCUCAACCAGAGAGGCAUCUACUGUAUAUUUUCUACCCAAAUGAUAAACGUCUGUCUCCCUGUGAUUGGUUAUUGCAACAAAAAACUGUUACCAGUGAAGGUAUCUCCACUUAUAUCUACUUCCAAAUGGAUAAAACUGGUGAAAAUGUUUGAGUUAUUGUCUAAAGUCUAAACACUGUUUAAAAAAAUAAUUUCAGACCAGUCAAAAGCAUGCAAAUGAACACCAGUUUCUUUAAAACAGUAACAUUUCUGAUAAUCUUAUACAAGAUAAAGAGGAAAACAUCAUGUUAAAAUGUGCAAGUGCAUAAACCAUUGAUUACAAUUCUAUGAAAGUAAAUUCAGUCACUUGAACCAUACCUGUCUACACCUUAAAAAAAUGAAUAUAUAUCACAUUUAUUUAACAAGAUAUUUUCUUCUGCAAAAUGUGAAUUGAGUUCAGCUUAUAUAUAUAAAAAAAGAUAAAAUAUGGUUAUAAUUGCAAUCAGAUCGGUUGCAUUGAUUUUCUCGAUAUGCUUGCUAUGUGAGCGCGGUAUAAAGUAUUUUUUUAAAUAGAAAACAAAAUUCAUAUAUAUGAAAUACUUUGUAUACUAAAUAGAAAUUAUAUGUACUCCUUAAUAUGUAUUUAAAUGCCUGACUUGUUUCUGUGAUCACAAAUGAAUUAAUCUUUAAAAGUUAAACAUUGAGAUAUACCAAACUGAUACAGGAAAUGGUUGAUAUGUAAUCAUGACUUGAUAUAAUGUGAUCAGGUAAAAAAAUAAAGGUUGUCCACAUACAUUCUUGUGAAAUCUAAAA